CUACAAUCGACCCCUCGUGACACACUUGGGAUGCAGGGAAUCGUGAUAUUUCUACCUUGAUGUUAAAGAAGGAUCUGAGAAUCUUAUGUACUUUAUCUAGUUUUUAAUCGGAUGCUUUGUCAGGCUGUUUAUUUUUCUUAAUGGAACACUGGCCUCGUUAGAUAAUUAAAGUCGAACGUUAUAUCUUUCAUAUAGAAUUUUUUAAUCGAGUUUUAUAUCAAAAAUCAAAUGUCAAUCGAUACACCCUAUUUCUUUUUUAAACGCGACGCGUUAUUAAUAUUGUUUUCAUAAACAAAAACAGCUUCUGUAACAUCACGUUCCAGAAAUUCAUCUCAAUUUCGAUGAAGCCAACGGCGCAGCUCCCGUUAGGCAACUCGACCGAUCCGAGGGGGUCGAUACAGCAUGCGCAACUCAUUCACCCUGAGGAAAUUAUUCAGCAUGGACCACUCGUGACGUGUCACGUUAUAAUCAUCUGAAAAGCGUGCUGUUACAAAAAGAAAAGAAAAAAUAUAUUAUUCUCCGUAUUGUACAAUUGAAAGACAAGAAAGAGUGUUUUAGUGAUAAGACUCGUGGCCUUACCGUACGUUACACGGUACUAAACAAUAGAAAAUGAAUAACAGACAGAUUGUCAGCGGAAAGAAAAAUAAAUUGAAAGAUUUUUAAACAAAAUACAUUGUCAUGCUGAAAUGUUCAAAUGAUAAUGGAAGGCGCGGAGCAGCGCCAUAACCAGAUUGCGGAUUUAAUAAGAAGCACAAGACGAGGAAGUACAACAGGGAGGAAUAUAUUGUUUUAAAGAAAAGUAAGAGAGACCUUACGUGACAACGAAGGUGUCACUGAGGUCGAUCGACGAUCUGAUGCAAUCAUUUCUCCUAACGAACAAGUAACGAUUCACCCGGUGACUAAUCGAGGCAUCGAUAUCACAAUGGGGACCAGAUUUGCCUCCUAUACACUCAAGCUUACUAGUCUUCACGAUUAUUAUCAACGGCUUCUUCAUGGCAGCCAACCUAUACCUUCCGGAUUGGAUAUGGCCAAUACGGUUAAAUAUUUCUCACAAACUCUCCUCUCACUUUUCAAAGAUGUGCCUGGUUCACCACUGGAUAUGAUUAAGUCACAGGAAUUUGAUGCACAGCGAAUGGCUCUUUAUCCGAAUUUGGAUUACAAGCAAUUGUACAAUGCUCUUAUGCAAUUAAUGGACGUUGUACCAUUGGUACAUGUUGGUCUACACGCUUUCGGAGAAGCGAUAUUACAAUGCCUCGCUUGUCUUCUUCCUUUCCUGGAACAAGAUCUCAUCGACAAUUUGCCUUACUUGACCGCCAGUGCUAUAUCCGUUCUUCCCGUCGAGCUGCAUCAGGAGAUUGUCAACUAUCUCUGCUUCUACAUACUCCCUUUCACGAUCACACGCAAGAUAGAGGACGGGAGCGAGAAUUACGCAAGCCAGUCUAUCUCCGCUGUAAUUAUGAUGGUGUUCCAGUAUUCGAGUAAUCCUGCACAUCACUGUCAGUUACUGGAAUGCUUGAUGGCUUUAAAACCAGGAGUAGUUAAAGAUAUUCUCUGUGUCGUUGCCUACGGUACUGCACCUGCACGUGCAUCUGCAGCAAAGUUACUCUUCUACUAUUGGCCUACCUUCAAUCCAAACUUGUUUGACCGUCGCGCAGUCCUAGUUAAAUUUGCAAAUGACCUAACACCAUUUGUCUGUCAAAGGGACUCUUGUCCAAACGCAGGAAAUGCCGAAGCUGGAAAAGUCUGCUACGAUCAUUGCAUCUCCAUCACCUUCGCCACCGAAUCCCCACCACCUCUUUAUCUCUGCAUCGAAUGCGCCAAUGAGAUUCAUCGCGAGCAUCCAAAUCAAAUGUUCUACGACAUUCUACAUCCCAUGCAACAGGUCUCAAUGAUUUGUGAGAACAAGAACUGUAGAGCGACGGACAAAUCAGCGAUCAGCGUCUGUUUUUCAACCGAAUGUGCAAGUUACAAUGGAAAUCAUCCGAUUCGCUAUUGUCAACAAUGUCACAACAUUCGUCACAAUAAUCGUCGCGGUGGAGAUCACGUUUAUCACACAGCAUUGCCUCACGUAUCACAGAUGGACGCUCAGAUGCAGACUUACAUGGUCCAAGCGAUAGUCAGCCUGCUCAAGGAGGCUGAACCGCUAAGUAUGGAUAGUAACAGAGACCUCUCGGAAAUAAGUACUAAUAAGGGCAGCACAGGAUUCCCAGGAGGAGGUGGUGGCGGAAUAUGUGGCGGCGGUGGAACAGUCGGUGGACGUCUAGGUCAAUACGAUCCAGCUACCCUGGAGGAACGUCAGCUACUUGGUCGCUAUGGAGUUUGGCUUCUCGUCGGACUUUGUACCCCGAACCAGGAUACUUCUGUUCAAAUACUUGGACGUUUAUUGUCAAUGCUAUUUCAUUGGUUUCAUGUCACUGCCUACUCUUUCGAUGGUCAAGCAGACAGUACUCUUGAGAAGCUUAAGACCGAUUACGUUCGCGGCUGGUUGUCUGAAGUUAUGAAGAGCCAUUAUCAUGUCUUCAUCUCCUGUCUCUUGCCACAUCCUGCUGAUUAUGUCAGAGUCGGUGGUCAUUGGGAGACUUUGGCUUCGAGAACUUCUCAUCUGAAGGAUGGACUGAAUCGUCUCUUCUGUUUGGUUCCUUAUGAAGUGAUCACUCCUGAGAUUUGGGACUAUGUCAUGCCUCACUGGAUGGAAGCCAUGGUGAAUGAUGUCCCGGAACACGAGCUGCAUGAAUUAAAGAUAAUACUUUGUAAAAUAUUGGAUCCUGAUCUUAGUCCUCUGGGCUUCGAUGCAAAGAAGAUGUACAACUUUGUGGCAAAGCGAUUUGUUAAUACCUGUUCAAAAGUCCAAGAGCAGGCUCUUAAUUGGCUGCAAAUAUUAACCAUGCUGGAAAUUAUGAUAUCCCUGGAUCAACUCUUCUCCAUGUUCAGCGAUGGUGUCGCAGUAAUGAGAGCUACGAAUCAUCCGACGGAUUCUAGUGACAAGGGAUUUGCGUCUAAUAAAAAUAAUACAGAUGCCGGAGAAAGGAGUUCGAUAUCUCCGGUGAUGGAUGACGAGUCUGGUAAAUCUACUCCGUUGUCUGAUGACAUAAUACCUACACCAAGACACAUGGAAUUUUCAACGGAUGCUGAACUGAAUCUUUCAUGCUGCAUCCUGAUGCUGGAUAUAUUAUUGAAGCAGAUGGCUCUACAAGAUAUCGAUAAACACACAGGAAUAAACUCCUGGGUGUGCAGGGACGCCUGUCAUUUAAUGAAAUCCAUGGUAGCAGCUACCUGGAGUGGCAGCCACGUUUGCAAAGUAGACAGCGAGUGUACGUACUGCGAAUCAAGAGUAAUUUGGCACCAACUGUGUCUACAACUGGUGACAUAUAUGGCUCCUGAAGAACCAGCACAUCCGCCUGAUCUAAUAAUCGAUGAAUCAGCCGAUGAUUCAGACCGAAAGACACCGCCGGAAACGACAAAGAAGUCUGAAUCUAAGCCGGAUGUUGUGAUCAAUAUGCCAGUACCUGAAAUGCAUUCCGUCGGCGGUGUCCUCGUUCACAUGCCACACUUCUUCGAACAGAUUAUGACCGCCACAGUAGAGACAGUUUCGGAGCAGUUGGAUCUAACAGCCAUAAUGCCACCCGAGAAGGCCAUGUCCGCAGUAGCAAGGGCCGUUACAUUAUCCGAAACGGAUGUAGCAACAGCAACAGUCAACGUGGAGAAGCCUCACCUGAUUGGGGAAAACGAUCAGCCAGUUAAUCUUAGUCCGGAAAAUGAGUUGGAUGACUUCUGGCACACGUCAGUUGGAAAAUUUCGUUUUGUCAUAGAGGAUCUACCUGAGCAGUUGCAAUACAUUCAUAAGUUGUUGAAGGAAAUUAUUAGUGUUGAUAAACCUGACAUACUCUAUUAUAUGCUGCAAUGCUUGAACGUCAUGUGUCUCCAUGGGGAUGCGUUUAGUACUGCGGUUAAGGAUCAUCAAGGAUUUUUCAUAUGGUGCCAAGAAAAUUUAUUGAUUAAAAGUUUAUGGGAAUUGCUUAAUGCCGAACACUCACAUAUAGCACAAGUGACAGUGCCACUUUUGUUGCAUUGCAUUACGUUGCCUUGUGGUACAGAUACUUUUUGGCGACUCGUACAAGAAGAGUUUCAUAACUCUGACUGGCGCGUCAGAUUUAUUGCAGUCGAAAGGGUGACCCUCAUCGCAAGAUUCAUGGAUUCGACGCCAUUGCGAAAUGUUCUGACUCUUCAAGCUGCUUUGGCAAAUGCAUUUUGCUACUUGAUAACUAGUAUGGAUGACAGUAACGUUUACGUUGCUCAGCGUGCGACUUUAUAUCUUGGUACCAUCCAUGACACAGCAGUCAGGUCACUCAUUUUGUGUCUGGAGACCCAAUUUGAUUCGGUGAUAGUAGACAGGCCAAUGGUAUUACAGUCAUUGUAUCAGCUUCACAACAGUUUGAGUGAUCGACGCAUCCUGACCUGGGAAUUCUUUCUCAAUCGUUUCGAUGCACUAUUCUUAGAAGCCCAAAUCAAUUUAGAAAAAUCCGGCGACAUACCUUACUUACGUGACCUCAGGAAUACAGAUUCCAAUAGCGAAACGUUUGUAAGAAAAUUGCAUAGGGCUCACGAAGCUCUUACGCAAUCAGACGGAAGUGGUACCAGCUCCGUCAAGACACUCAGCGCAAGUUUUGGCACAAAAUGGCCGUACAAACGUACAAUGUCUGCGCCGGCUUCAAUGAUACCUCGUCAAGACACCAAGCAAGAAAAGGAAAAGGUGUACAGCCGACAAUACUCUGCGCCCAUUCUGAAGCGCAAGAGCUCCAGGUUUGGAUUGGGUCAGUUGCUGGGGUCCACCCCGCCUAAUAACAGUAUACCAGAUGGUCAUAUACAUUCUCUCAAUAUGCCUGAGGACGGUGGGAAUCUUCCAGGAUUUACGCAUAAGAUUAUUGACGUGGAAGAAUCUGACAAGGAAACGAUGCACCUGCUUGUGUUUCUACUUAUGCAAUUUUUAUCAAGAACCGAUCAAGCAUAUCCCACGGAUGAGAAAUUAUUAUCAAAAACACAAGGAAUAGUUUUGAGACACCUGUACCUUUUAUUGGGAUACAAUCAGAACGAACGAACUUUUCAUACAUCGCCACAGCGUUUAAGAUUGUCUCCAGUAUUCAACGUAUUCAUAGCAAACCUACCUCAACUAUUGGACCAAAAUCAUAUAAUGAGUUGGCUAAUGAUCCCACCGAUUUUGGCAAUCCUUCAGCAUUGUCCUUGUCCACCUCAAGGUGUUCCAUCUACGGAUCAUCAACCACCUACCUACAGUCUCUGGUACCUGGAACCUCACGCGAGACGUUCCUGGCUCAUGUCUCUUCUUGUGAUCCUUUACAAGUGCCAAUACGGUCAGCAGCCCUGGUGUAGUCAACUUCAGUCAUUAGUCAAGAUAGUUUUGAAUACGCUUGAUACUCAGCAUCAUCAGUGCAAAAGGAUUCCAGCUACAGUCGUCAUGGCUGGCCCACCAUCCAGGUCCCGUGAUGUCUCGCAGCCAUCAUUGGGUGGUGAUCAUGAUUUUGCGUCAUGCGCCCCAGGUGAUAUGGAUAACGAAAGUCCACCGAUGCGGACACCCAUCAUAUCCAUACAUCAGCGUAGUCCUGGACCAAGUCAUUUGCAGUCCCAUGCCAUGGAAACGCACUGGGAAGAAAUCGUACCUGCAUGUCUCUAUCCAAACAAGCAUUCAAGCUACUCGAUCAAUGCGGACGAUACGGAGUCCGAGCUGGCUGCAAUACCAGAGAGUCCGAAAUCCGACAGCACUCUACAUGGAAGCAGCGGAGGAUCACUUGGUGAACUCGAGGACAGUGCAGCCGUCGUGAGACGCAGUGCCUCGGUGGUCGUAGGGAAAACAACUGCUGUGAUAGACUGCGCCGGGAAGACUGAGGCCGACAAUAUGUAUCGACUUAAGCAAGAAACGACUAAUAGACCAAUUUGGUUUCUGGGGAGUGAAGAUGAAACGCACCAGGUUAACGGUACUGGUCAGAAAAAGUGGAGUGUUCAUGAAGGUGUCAAAAUGAUGGUGACCAGUUCACUUUUAUCUAGGCAACAUGAAUCCCUUCGUUUUCCAUCAUCAGUUAAGGCGAAUGUUGCUGUUCAUGCUACUAAUAAUGACAAUCCAUCUCCAAAGCCAACUGGACUGUGUAGUGCUAUUGCUGUUGCUGCUGGUAUAUCUAAUAUACAAAGAUCAGAACCUUCUUCGUCUCCUAAGGAGAAGACACUUCCGAUCCGGACUGACAACUCGGAUUCGCCAGGUCCUAAGCAGUUGGGUCGUCAGAAACACGUGGACCAAACGACUCCAUUGGCAUCUCCAGUUUCUCCUUCUCAGGUCGUCGCAGUAAUUGGCAGUGAUAGGUCCAGUUCGCCAGCUGUCAGUUCCAUGUCAUCGCCAAUGACAAAUACGGAUAAUGGUCAACAGUUUUGUUGGUUGACUGGGACUCUUCAACAGGCAAUGACAGCGCCAAAUGUUGAGCGUCUUUUACCAAUUGGGACAGUGACCCGGCCUUCGACUUCUAGUCAGAGAACGGCUCAACGGAUACUCAAGUGCGAAGAUACAUAUGGAUCUCCAGAAUCACCACUUUCAAAGAUGGACAUUUUGACUGUCAGUUCAUCGUUCGAUCAAGACAGCGAGACUUGUAUGUCCAGUGAUAUAACCAGCCCUCGAAGUAUAUCCCAACUGGAAUUCCCAAUGCCAGAACGCUUGCUACCAGUUGGUCCACAAAGAGAUUUCGUCACUGGACUUGUAGAACGAGUACGUCAAGCCCUAGGAGUACCUGAUAACGAAGAUCCAAAGAGCGUAUCUUGUGAUGUAUCGGGAGAAGGGAAAGCCUCACAAUUUCCCUUAAAACAAGAUAGCGUUACUUCUGAGAACCUGUCAACCUCUCUGGUACCAACAUUACACGAGGUACAUUCGAGCAGAUCAGCAAGUCCAAGAAGAUUGAUCAAACAAGUCGCCCUGGAAUCACCGCCAUCAGCAAUGGAAUCAGAAGAUUUUGGUUCACGAAUAUCGGAUCAGGAUCGCAGGCCUAAAGUGAAAGAUCAAAUUCGCACGCAGAGAGACAGAAUGCGAAAAACUCCAACCGGGACUCAACACACCAUAGGAUCAACUCGGCGAACGGAUUCUUGGUCUGGGCCUCAAAUGCAGCCGAAUUUAGAUUUUGUGACGCAACAAGCAUGUCACGCUGAUUUUAAUUUAAAACCAAGUUUGUUUCGCAUCGGAGAUGAUUGUAUUUACGAUAGGUGCUCUGAGUGCGGUACUAUUAAGGAGGAAUAUUCUGACGAGGAACUUGGCCUUUGCAUCAUCACUCUGGGAACUUUCAUUCAUCGUGAACCGUCGUUGGCAGCUCCACUACUUCCGGAAAUUCUAAACGUCGUUACCAAAGUAGCCUUGAACGCAAUGUAUCCUUGGCAAAGUGAAACGAACAUGCAUUUACCAGGAGGCGCAGUGAGCGUUGCGCACCAGUUCCUCAGGUGCGUUUUGCACCAGUUGGCACCCAAUGGCGUUUUUGUCCAAAUGUUUCAGACGCACAUAAACGAAUCGACAAGAAUUCAAUUUUUUAAAAGCGUGGCACAGGCUCUGGUGGAUUUCAAUGAAUUAAAUCCAAUUGCCCCUUUACAAUUGUUAUUAGAGACAUUAAAUGCCAAAAAGUCAUUGCCUUUGGAACGAUUGCCAAUAAUAUUGCAUAAUAUUGCGUGCUACUUGGAUUGCUUACCGUUGGAAGCCGGUUUAGGUCCUGGGGCUGCCACUUGGGGAGGAUUAUUGGCACAAGUCGAUGGACUCUUUCGUCAACUUAUUUUACUUCUUUCGUCUAUAGACGACGUCACGCCUCUACUUCGUAUCAUGAUUUCCGUUUUGAAGGUCCCAGGAAUUCAGCAAUUUAAGGGCAUGUUAGAUCCAUUCUCAAAAGUUCUGAGCUACUCCAUUCAACAUUCCACACUGAAGUACAGUUACCUGACAGAUUUAUGUUAUCUAUGUCAUCGCAGUUUCACGCGAGAACGUGAUAAGCAUUUCUUAGGCAGAACCAUAGUUUUUGAAUUGGUUCAAGCUAUCAAAUUCAAAACUACCAUUCCAGACUCGAACUUUUUAAUUUUACUACAUUUCGUACUUCAGGACAUCGGUGGCACGUUGCCCACAAACAUAGCAAUGGGAAACAUUCGAACCGAUAUGUCACCAAUAUACAACACAAAUGCUUCUGAAUCAUUGCGAAGUCAAAUUUCCGAUGUUCUGGAUUUUCUAGCAGACUUUCACACUCUAAGCAAGGUCAAGAGCUACAGCAAGGGCAUGCAGGUUGGUCUAAACGAAGAUACAUUAGGUGGGAUGUUAAAAUGUGGUCUGGCUCAGUAUGUUGCGUUAGAAAUCACUAGAGGGAACAAUAGAGACAACAGAGCUGUCGUUCGUUAUUUGCCCUGGCUUUACAGCGCACCAUCCACUUUACAACAAGGAGCUCGAGAAUAUGUCGAUUGCAUAGGCCACUUAAGGCUACUUUCUUGGCUCUUACUGGGCUCCCUUACACACACUGCAAUGUUUGCUGGCAGCUGUACUCAUACUCAUGGUCCACCAAUUCCAACCGCACAACCAAUUCCACAAGAAGUUUCUUGUCACGUUGCGGAUCAUGUUCAAGUUAUCCUUUCGGGAUUUCCUGAACAGUCUAAGGCAUCCGCGCAAAAUAUGUCUUCUCUUUUCUAUGCGUUCAUUCUGUGUCAGUUGUGGACAGUUUAUCUGGAGGAAAUGUCAAAGAACAAUUCAACGAACACAGAGAGUCAUAACGUCACGAUGAAUAUUGUUCUUGAGUUUUGGGGAAAAAUUACACCCUGUAUAUUGCAACUGGUUUCACAUUCCAAAGUACUUUCCGAACGAGUGAAUCUUCAUUUCUUGACAUUAUUGGAAGCGUUACUAGAAUGUCGAUCGACUUUACUUAGUAAGCUUUUGCCACUUUGGAGUCCCAUUCUUUUUUCUCAUCACAUUCAGUUACCCGGACACCUCCAGAUGCGUUUACAGAAUUGUCGAAACUUUCCACCCAGUAAGAUUGCCGAGCAAUUUCUUUCUAGUCGUCAAGAAGCAAAUGCUGUAUUGUUGCGAUGGUUACACAGGCUACAAUUCAAAAUGGGUCAAAUAGAGAUGCAGUCAUCAGCAGCCACUCAGUUUUAUUCUAUUUAAGAAUUUUUAACACCGAUACAAGAAUCUUCUCAUAAGGAAGAAUAUCGUUUCGGGAAAGAUUGUAUAUGUAAAAAGAAAUACUGAGACAUUAUUUAACAAUAAUAAAUUAUAUUUAGUGUAGAAUAACUGAUAAUAAUUGUACUUUAUUCUAAUCCAUGCUUACUUGUAGGCACAAGGUAUUCCAAGGUGUAUAAUUGAUUGACUUUAGUUUCUUGAAAUAUUCUUUAUUAAAUAUUAUGUACAGUA